GAUACCUAUAUAAAGCCCGACUUUGGCAUCGAUUGGUAUCAGUCUCACAGUUCCCUAGUCUGACAAUAAAACCAAAUCACCAUGUUCAAGAUCCUGCUUGUCUGCUCCCUUGCCGCCCUUGUGGCCGCCAACGCCGUUGUGGAGGUCAAGGAGCUGGUUAACGAUGUGAACCCCGACGGUUUCCUGACCAAACUGGUCCUCGAUGACGGAUCCGCUUCCUCCGCCUCCGGUGAUGUUCACGGAAACAUUGACGGAGUGUUCGAAUGGAUUUCCCCCGAGGGCGUUCACGUCCGUGUGAACUACAAGGCCGAUGAGAACGGAUACCAGCCCCAGAGCGAUCUGCUGCCCACUCCCCCACCAAUCCCAGAGGCUAUCCUGAAGGCCAUCGCCUACAUCCAAGCCAACCCCAGCAAGAACUAAAGAAACCCUAAGGAAUAUACCAGCAUCGAUUAGGAACAGCAAGCUCGAGAUUGGAUUACUCUUGGCUGCUGCUUAAUAAAUUAGGCAAUCGAAAUGAUUCAUGUACAUGAAUGUUGUUAAGAAAAUGUAAAAUAAAAUAAUUCU